UAAAAGUAAAAAAAAUAAAUAAAUAAGGAGCAUAUAUCAAUUGGAGAUCUUAAGCUCUGCUAAAAUGGCAUUCGUUGGACGCAUGAACAGUCACGGCAACUUGGUGGACAGUGAACUAUUCCACAAAGCGCGCUCGGCAAUGAACACGACUUCCAUGCAGGCCCAGGAGAGCGAGCUCGAAAGGGUCACGAGGCGCACAAAGGGUUCGCGCACCUACAUCAAGCCCUAUGACGCGGUCUCUAGUCCGUGCCCGAGCACAGUGCGCUAUGUGGGCCGCUCCGCUUCGUCCAGUGAGCUCAACUCGCCGGACGGCACGGAGGUGUCCACACUGCGCUACUGCUCCCCCCGAUCCUUUGAAACGGAGACGGCAACGCUGACGCCCGAGCACAGUUCCGACAACAGCUCCCUGUCCGGAUGCAGCGGGCGAGCUGAGCAACUGAUGGACCGCCAGCAGUUGAAGCAAACGGAACACAAUGCAGAGCAGCAGCAGCAGGAGAGGGGCUCCACAACGUCCAUUUGCAGCUGGGAGGAGGAGGCAGAGGACGAGGAGGAGGAGGAGGGGGAGGAGGAUGAUGGUGGUACCAUUUCGACGUAUGCGUCCGCGGAUCAGCUUACCUUCAGCUGCUCGGUGCCACUGCUCGAUCUGGGCUCGGACACUGCCUCGCUGCAGUACGACCCGCAAACGCAUUUGAACCAAUUGAAGAUGGUGCGACGCUCCGACGAGGCCUACAAUAAUUGGCUCUCUGGCAAGCGGCGGCUGGGCCUGUAUAAGCAGCAGGCGCUGCAGGAAGAGCGCAAGCUGAAAAAGCAACAGGACGAGCUGCGGCAACAGCUGAACGCGCAACGAGUCCAGGAAUGGCACCAGCGCAAGGCGCGACAAAAUGCCAACAGCAACCACAACAAGCGCAAAUCAAAUCCUGUCCAAAUAGCACCAGCCCUGAGUGCAGAGGUGGCGCAACGACGCAUCCAAAACUGGGAGCUACAGAAACUUCAGCAGGCGGAACAGCAGCGCCAGCGGCAGCAACGCGAAGCGCUGCGUAAGCAACGGGAACUACAACAACGCAAGCAGCUCGCUGACACAGCAUGGAAGCAAUGGGUCAAGGGCGCAGCUCAGCGCCCCAAGCCGGUGCCACUCAAUCAGGGCAUGAAUACGCUGCGCGGCACCAUCUCCAACAUCUAUGUCAAUCCAAACCCCUGGGUGCACCUUAACGAAAGCAAACUACCAUCCAAAUAAACAGUACGCAAUUGUUGAAAC